AUGUGGACGAGAAGGCGAGCCUCAGGUCAUGCUCAAGCUUGUUCCUUCUGCGAAAAGCUAUUGCCGGCUCUCCAGAAGACGCCUAAAGACUACACUUCUAUUGAUAUGGGGCCGUUCGAUGAAGUUUGCGCGAUCAAGUGCAACAACCAUAAGCCCCUGGUUCAUUGGUUAUCCAAAUGGUUCGAAAAUCUAGACACUUCACAGUUAUUGAACUUUCACAGAGACUACUGGUCUUCGUCAUUCGAAUUCAGUCUCGGCAACCACUAUGAUAAGAGCAGCCCGGAGUUGGAUGUGGUGGAAAGCACGGAGAAGAACCAAUAUGCCGGAUAUGGAGUCGAAGUCGACCCGCACUGGAUUGACGACAAUAAGCUAAAACAGUGGUACAAGGAUUGUAUCAACAAUCAUGACGGGUGCCGGAAACCGCCGUAUCUAGAGCGCCUCCCAGUCCCCGAUCCGAGCUAUUUCAUUGAUACACUCAGCAACUGUCUAGCUCCCGCUCCUCCACAUGCCCCCUAUGUUGCUUUGAGCUAUGUCUGGGGUCAAGCAGACGUAGUCAAAGUAUUGACAUUCAAUUCAGAUAAACUGCAGGUUGCAGGAGCUCUAGAUGGACCAGAGAAACAAGUCUCUCUACCGAAAACAGUCAGGCACGCCAUGCAUUUGACAAAACUACUGGGUGAGCGCUAUCUAUGGGUUGAUAGCCUCUGCAUUGUUCAAGACGACGAACAGUCACAGAACGAUCACUUGAAUCGAAUGGCGUCCAUUUUCGCCUAUGCCAACGCGGUCAUCAUCUCUGUCGACGGGGAACAUGCUGACAGUGGGCUUUGUGGAUUGAGGAGCGCUCCGUCAGCAGAGCCGCGCCGUCUCGAGCAGCAGGUCAUCCCUUUCGGAACAAGAAGAAUCCUACAGCGCACAAAGUUCUCGAAAGAAGGCCGCCCUCCCAGAGAUUCGGGCAUGAAGAAGGUAUAUUUUGACCGUGGUUGGACAUUUCAAGAAUUUUUGUUUGCACGAAGACGAAUAUGUUUCGAAAAUGACAGUGUUUGGUUUCAAUGCUGCCGCGAUACAGUAUUUGAGGACCAUUGUCACAAAGAACGAGCGCACGACGCGCGAGACUGGAUAUUGGACGUCGGCUAUCCCUCUCUUACCGUCUACUCUACGCUCGUAGCCGACUUCAACCGAAGGCAGCUCAAAUACCCCCAAGAUUGCCUUUCUGCAAUUGAAGGGAUGCUCCCAUGCUACAACAAGGUUUUCAAAGGCGGUUUCCUGUGUGGUCUCCCGGAGAUGUUCUUUGAUGUCGCCCUCCUUUGGCACCCGGGUGGCGACUUGACGCGGCGAGAACGGGUCGAGACUGGAAAACGUUACAAAUUUGCAAACGAGCUUCUGCCGUCGUGGUCUUGGGUUGGCUGGCAAGGUGUGGUAGACUUUGAUGAUUGGAGCACCGGCAAUGAUUUUGUCGCCAACUGCAGCGGUUGGAUUGGAUCGUCACGGCAGCAUAUCUCCCCGGUGACCACCUGGUAUACGAGCAACGACGCCUCCGGUGUGGCCGAGAAAAGGAAAAUUGAGGUCGCGUGGAGUGAGUGGAGAGACCGGUAUAAAAGUCGUGCCAGCAAACUCCCGCCGGGCUGGAAAAAACGAAGACGCCGGACAUCCGAGACCUUCUCGAAAGAGGACUUUCCAGAUGGUUACGGGAAGGAGCUCUACCGGCACAAAUCCUGCCAGAGGGCGGAGUUCUGGUUCCCAGUGCCUCUUUCAGACCCAGAUUCUCAACCACAUCCCACACCUCAAACCGCAUUUCUAUUUGGGUCUGUUGAAACAGCGCGACUCUACGCGACCGGGCCCCUCUAUCCUCACCAUCACAUGUAUUUGCAAAAUGAACCCGUUCAGUCUGUUCUUGUUACGCUCGUCAAUGCUCAGAAUGACUGGGCUGGCGUUCUGCGCCUGCACAGUCGGGACCACUUCUUGAGAAUUGGGCUAGACCCGAUAAAGGAUCCGAUCGAGUUGGAAUUGAUUGCGAUUUCUCAAGGAUCAAUCCCGAACGGCCUCACUUGGGAGGAUGGCAUUAACGAUUUUAGGGAGUACUUGGUAGAGGAACGGCCCAAGGAUGGCGAUUCAUACGAGUACUACAAUGUCAUGUGGAUUUCUUGGAGGGACGGCAUUGCUUUCAGAGAAGCUGUCGGUAGGGUUUACAAACGGAUGUGGGCAUCCUCGAAUCCUUCAACGAUACAAGUUGUACUUGGUUAG